AUGGAGCUAAUAUGCCUCUUCCUUUUUUUAAUACAUGGAAUGCCUUUGGCUUUUACUCAGUUUAAUGGCUACAACUGUGAUCCUGCCCUCCACAGUAGGUUUCCAGCUGAGCGGGAUAUCACUGUGUACUGUGGUGUGCAGACCAUCACAUUGAAGAUCAACUUCUGUCCAGUGCUCUACUCGGGCUACACUGAUACUGAUCUGGCCUUGAAUGGGCAUCACAGUGAUGCUCAGUGCCGUGGCUUCAUCAACAACAACACGUUCCCCACAGCAGUGUUGUUUAGUAUCAGCCUCAGCACACUGGAGGCGUGUGGAAACAUGCUGGUGGUUUCGGCAGCUCAGGGCAACAACGCUUUUGGGAAUAUAUCCCUGGUACAAAUAGGGAAUAUUUCAGGCUACAUUGACACCCCUGACCCUCCAACCAUCAUUAGCUACCUGCCAGGAUUGCUUUAUAAAUUCAGCUGCAGUUAUCCUCUGGAGUACCUGGUUAACAACUCUCAGCUGGCAUCAUCAUCAGCAGCAAUAGCAGUAAAAGACAACAAUGGCACCUUUGUGAGCACCUUGAGCUUGAUUCUAUACAAUGAUUCAUCCUUCAGUCAGCAGUUGUCCAUACCCAUGGCUGGUCUGGCUCUGAAGACUAGAGUGUUUGCUGCUGUCAAGGCCACUAAUCUAGAUAGGAGGUGGAAUAUACUGAUGGAUUACUGUUACACCACCCCCUCUGGGAAUCCCAAUGAUGAGAUACGCUACGAUCUUUUCUUCGGAUGUCACAAAGACCCACAGACCACAGUUUUUGAAAAUGGGAAAAGUCAGAUGGGCCGCUUCGCCUUUGAAGUUUUCCGGUUUGUGAAACACAAAAACCAGAAGAUGUCCACUGUCUUCUUGCACUGUGUCACAAAGUUGUGUCGGGUAGAUGACUGUGCGUUGCUGAUGCCGAUCUGUGGAAUAAGAAGAAAGAGGGAGGACACCAUACCUUCUCAUGCUUCCAGUGAAGAUGCUGUCAUAACUGCUGGCCCUAUAAUCACCAGAGGUGAUGAAACCUCAACCACCAACUCACAGCUUGCAUCACCUAGUGACCCCUCUUCACCACUGGACACAGUGACGAGUGCUCUUGUUGCUGGAGUGGCAGUGUUGGGCCUGAUGAGCUUGAGUUUCUUCAUCCUUUCCAUCAGGCUUCUGCGCAGGUCCAGUACCACAUCUCUGACUGACAUAUGGAAUGCCAGCUUUAAAUAA